AUGAUUAUCAAAGAGUUCCGCAUUUUGAUGCCGCUCGAGAUGGAUGAAUAUUAUCGUGGGCAGUUAUUUGCAGUAUCAGAGACGAGCAAAAAUGAGACUGGAGGAGGAGAUGGUGUUCUGGUAUUGGAAAAUGACGGUUUUACAAGUACGACGGUGCGUCCGGGUCAUUCUAUCACCGGUAUUUACACACACAAAAUCUAUCGUACUAAGUCAAAAUCGCCAUGGGCGUUACGUAAAAUAUUUCCUGACGCAGCAUUCGUGUUACACGAAGAAUGCUGGAAUGCAUUCCCAUAUUGUAAAACAGUUAUUAAGGCAUUGGAUUUGAGCCCGGCAUUAUUAAAGAAGCGCGAGGUAAUCAUUAUUGAUAUCUACGAUGAUAGCCUGUUGAAAAAAUCGGAUAUUACACCUGAAACAGAUGUACGUGAAUUUGAGUCUAAAAAGACUGGUCGUGGAAGAUUGCCGAAGGACUGGAUUGAGACAACCAAACCGGUGAUGUGUUGUUACAAAGUAGUACAAGUACAUUUUAAAAUGUUUGGAUUCCAAACAAUGGUAGAGCACGUUCUCCAGAGACAGUAUCCGCGAAUAUUUGCAAAAUUCAAUCGGGAGUUAUACUGCUGGACCGAUCGAUGGUACGAUAUGACGAUUGAGGAUAUCAAAAAGAUGGAGAGAGAAGCGACAGAGCAAUUAAAAAAACAAAUUGCCGAACCGGAAAAACGUGGCACCGUGUGUGAUGUUGAUGAUAAAGGGACAACUUAA